AUGACAGAAGAAAGUCCUAGAAUCAUCGCUUUAAUGGAGUUCAUGGUUCCGCAAAUUAUGUCUUGUAACGAGCCUGAAUCUGAAAAUAGUCACAAAACUGAGAGGGCCGCUUUUAUGGACAUUUAUAGAUCCAUGCUUUAUAAGAAAGGAUCGAAGUUCGAUUUACUCAAACCUUAUUUCUAUGGUUUUUUAACGCUUUGCAACUUAACAAUCGGUAAAAAAAACCCUGAAAGAUAA